CCGAGCGUUUCUUAUUCACGCGUGGAUACUUCUCUUACUCCAUUGGACGUGGGUGAAGCAUACUGUUCGCUUGGUAUCGAGUAAAAAAAAAAGAGAAAUCGCGAGCCGAGGAAUAAUCAAGAGAAAAGAAACUGCAAAAACGUCGUAGACCAAGAAUGACGAGACGAGUCGGCGUCGCGUUCGCGAUAUUCGUCGCAACUAUGUUGUGCAGUGGCUCGAAUGGGCAAGCGCACGCGGGAGCGGGCUGGCUGAGCGGAUUGUCCGAGAGCAUCGGCGCGUUGAACAGGAACAUCCAGCAGAGCGUGCAACAAUUGAACCAACAAGUACAGCAAACCGUGCAAGCCAAUUUGGCCCAGGUUCAUCAGAUGACGAACGACCUAAACGAGAGGAUAGCUACCGAGGGCAACGUGGUGCAAACGAAGGGGUCCAACAUCUUCGUGUCUGGCAACGGCGAGACGAAGAUCGUUCAAUCUGGUCGCACCUCGGAUGGGAAACCGUACGUGCGCGAGAGCAUUGACAAGAUCGUAGGCGACACUCUCCGCCACACUGAAAGAAUUUACGAUCCGACCACGAAAGAGACUAAGGUGCACGCGUACACGUUAGAUCUGAAGGAUCCCAACGCUAAACCUGUUCCAAUAAACGACGCCGCGUAAAUGGCGACGGGACAAAUCGAAAGGAAAAUAAUUCCAUCAUUUUUCCUUGCAUCCGGUUAAAAAGCAUUAUGACGUCUCCUCAAUUAUUUCUCGCGAUCUUAAAGGACGAACGGCUGUCGAAUAUGAUGAAUGUAAGAAUAAACGAUGAACAUGAUUUAAAUGAA